AUGGACUAUCCGUCACCACCUUUUGGGCUUCGUACUGCCCAGGCCGUCAGCGUCAACAACAAAAAAGAAAGAUUGCAUCUCAAAGACAUGGAAAGGUCAUUAGCUAAUGCUAGGGAUGUACAGAAACAUGUACUGAAGCAGGAAGAGCGGGAAGUAUUGCGCCAAUUACAUAAGUUACAGCGUGAUAAAGAAAGGCGACAUUCAUAUUUUUCUUUAGAAACCCAAAACCCAAAGGUAAAUUCUGGAGAAUCUUCGAAGAACGCGAAUUCAAGCCACCACCAUUUACUUGGGUCCAGCACUCAUGCAGCCAGUUCCACUAAUUGCUCCCACGACUGUGCAACAUCCUCAUGUCGCUACGGUACAUCAUGUCAAGCGUGUGGCAUACAUAGUAUGGCACUAGGAUCUGAUAGAUACAACGGUACAUUUCACGGCAAAGGCAACCAUGGCAAACACCAUCACAAAGUAGCAGCGAAGCAUAGUACACACCUUAACCACAUGUCACACCAUAACGUAACAGAGGAACGUCACCACAAUUAUAAAUCUGAUAACGCUGGCCUCCAUGGCAGGGGACAUAUCAACAACAACAUGACAUCAGAAUAUGGGCAACGCCGUCACUCGGUUGACUAUGGUUCACUACCACAUUCCAAGCAUGAUUUUCACUCGUCGGCAUGGCAACACGAAGCCCGGGCUGAUUCGUUUCAUGGCAUUGCACACAAACCACAGCCUCCAUCUGUUCCCAAAACUGUUGACAGUUCAAACAGUCUUCGGAAAGAGAAACUAACCCGAGGUCACGUCAAGCAUGAUAAUCACGAUGAUACUGAUGGUGGUUCAAGCCAUGCCAUAACGCACACUAACAUCGACCGUCAUAAACCACAUCAUGACAAACAUAUGAGCACUGUUAAGAAAACGACGUGUCCCAGCAGCCACCUGAUGACAUCAUCAAAAGGGGAAAAUGUGUAUACGUUAAACGAGUCUCGCAAUGGCAAGAGCCAUACAAUGAGAGAGAGUGGCACCACCAAACACCCGAUAAGUCCGCUCAUCCACUGUUCAUCUGAUCGGAAAAAAACACACCCACCAAACUGUCACCAUCCCAAGACUACCGAUGGGAGCUCUCAUCACGUUUUGUGUAGCAACGACACGGAAUCAAAUGGUUCUCUUCACUCUAUUACUAAACAAUCAAACAACGAAACCGGCACGCGAGGUGGGUCUGGCUUGUUUAAACGGACGGUGAAACGAAUAAUGGCUGACCGUAUGAUGAGUUCGUCAUCUUUGCGUCAUCAAGCAAGUCACGACAAUGUCCGUCGUGUCGAUAAUCCAACAAUGGCAUCUUUUCAGGCCAUCAACCCCUCAUUCUGUCGUUAUUUAGCAGAGAAACAUCAUAUAAGUCUGACCCCUGAACUACUAGCCCAGCUUCACAGUAUUAUGAAAUCUAGCCCUGAAGUCUUACAUGGAAGUCACCCUGAACGGAUACUACCACAAGUAUUUGGACCAGUCUGCAUAACUGGUCGUGAUCACCGAAAAAAAAUGCUUGCACUGGAAUUUCUGUCUAAGAUGUUACCACAGAUUUUAAAAGACGCGGGAAAUACUGAAGUUAGCGCCCAAGACAUGCUAAACUGUCGAUAUUUGCGACUGACAGACUCCAACAUAGAAACACUGGAACAUAUGUGCCUUGAUGCAGGUGCUCCGAUGGGCAUUCACCAUCAUAGUAAAGUGGACGAUGUUGCUGCAAUCGUGUUUGGCAAAUCUAGUGACAACGAUAUAGUAUCAAAUAAUGUCAGUGUACAUAAACUAUAA